AUGUGUUCCGUCUACGUCUUCCUCUACGACUGCGGCUGCUGUGUGCGCGAGGGCGAGGUUGUCCACUGCGCCAAGGUUGGAACAGCCGCUUGCCCCGGCGUAAAAGAGAUCUUCCGACGUCGAGACGGCUUCAAGUGCCCUGCUCACGGUGGCUAG